ACGUACGCAAUAUUAGGCGCUGAAGUUGAACAUGUACAUGUAGGUUUACUGUACAGUUAAAGUCAAGCCUAGAAUGUCGUCGAAAAAUGUUUCACAGGCGUCCGAUACAAGAACAGAAUUAGCAGAAUUGGUGAAGAGAAGAACAGAAAUCGCUGAGACACUUGCGAAUCUUGAAAGACAAAUCUAUGCAUUUGAAGGCAGCUACUUGGAAGACACAGCUUUGUAUGGCAACAUCAUAAGAGGAUGGGAUAGAUAUCUAACAAAUAAGAGCACCAACAGUAAGACAGACAAGCGAAACAGAAAAUUUAAGGAAGCUGACAGAUUAUUUUCUAAAUCAAGCAUCACAUCUCAGGCAUCUCUAGGUCUCAACGACUCACAGAAUGAAAGGAAAACAGAAGCCAAGGAUUCUAUUAGCAACCAAGAAGGACCUGCCAAGUCAGACAAGGAUUCUGUAGAUGGAGGUGUAAGCAGUGAGACUGUAACAGAUAUGAAAGAACGACCGAUGAACAGCAAUCGCUCGGGCAAGAUCCACAAGAGCUCGCAUGGACACAAGAAGAGGAAAAACAAGAGCCGACACAGACUGGAGGGCCGUAUAAAGAAGAGCAGACUGUCUGCCGAUGACUACUGAUUCCAAAGCCUGCUUCAGAUGGCUAGUCUUCUACACACUCAAUAUCUUUGAUGUAAAGCACAAAAUGGUAUCUUCAGCUGUUGGAGGUUUUUAAAAUAUACGAAAAGGACCAGAGUGUAAAGUGUAAAUGAUGUCAUUAAUCCUGUACAUUGUUUUACUCCUCGUGUAAAAUUGUACAUAAAAUUGAAAAAUAAUGUAAAAGUGAUGGGUGUGUUUUUGUAAAGUGUUACCCGGUAAUGUAUAUUGUAUACCUUGAAAAAUACCAUCAAUUCCUUUGUGGAUUAUUUACUUCACACUGGUAUUUAUUGGAAAUUGCAGUUUUAUUGAAAUCAUGAUCCUAGUCUCAUUUGGAAUAAAGAGCGGGUGUCUUUGUAAUAGGUUCAUUUGUAUGAAAGCAGAAAAAUAAGAGAAACAAAAUAGAGAAAGUUUAAAGUAAAUUGGACCUAUAGCAAGGGAGUAAUGGAUAUCUGAAAUAUGAGAUCACUAAAUCUAUGUGAAUCCCAAAUUUGCAAUUUUGUUUAGUGGAUUGUGACGUACAUGUAGACAUGGACAACCCUCCCGUUUGUUGUGUACAGUGACAUUACCAUUUUAGCCAAUUUUGAAAUAAAUUCUCAAAAUUAAUAACUUUC